AUGCCGGCAGUCGCUCAGGCUACUGAGUCGGUCCCUGAACUCAUACGAAGGUGCCAGCUAGCGUUCAACGACGAGAAUUACGAUGUCGCCCUAGACAUUGCCAACACAGCCGUACGGGCCUCUAAACACGACCCAAACCUGCCUCCCCAUACUCGUGUGACUGUCUUUGACCUUCGCGCUCGCCUGCGCACCAAGCUAGAAGAGUAUGACCUGGCGUUGAAGGAUGGCAAAAAAAUGAUCCGAAUCGACCGCGCUGAUGGAAGGGGCUACUACCGAUGUGCAGAAAUCGAACGAUUUAGACGCAACCCAGCUGGGGCCGCCACGUUCUGUGAAUACGGACUGAAGCACGUUGCAUGCACUGACAGAUACUCUCGGUCGAUUGCGAAGACGCUAGCAGCCGUACAGAAAGAGAUGAGGGAUAGGAUCGUCCUUACCAGCCCCGGUGAUCCAAUGACAGCUCUUCCUCUGGAAGUGGCCGUCAUGAUCCUGUCCAAUAUUCCAUAUAGACAGCAAGUCAAGAUGUUGCGAGUCUGCAAAGCAUGGUACCAGUUGCUUGAAUCCCUGUCUCCACUCAUAGACACUGUUGCUUUCCCAGACGCAAGCAAGGCUGUCACGGUGAGAAUGCUGCAUGCAACCCUCAGGCGCUUGAAACAGCCGAAGAUAGUCUCUGCUCGCCAUCUAGAUGAAGCAGCAACAGAGUAUCUGAACAGAGCUCUCCUCCAUUUGCGAGUUCUUUCGAAGCUACAACACCUGGAGAUUCAUCAUAAGUCGGUUCCGAUCUGGCAACUCCCACUGCCAAAAUACGACUUGAGGAGCAUCAUGCUUGGGCCCGACACAGAGACCCCCUUCGACUUUAUCCCCACCAUAUUGAAGGAUUGUCCCAAGCUGCGAGUGGCGAAGUUCAAGCACGUGACAGGCUCCGAGCUUGGGGAGACUUACCUCGACCGGAAAAGCCUUCGAUUGGAAUCGGAAACUCUCCGGGUCUUACAUAUCCAUAUUCCGGUCAUGACAGUGGAAUUUGAGCAUGAUACGCUCUUCUCAGGCCUGCCAGAGCUAGAAUCACUCUUUUGCGUGGGCUUGUCUUGCUUCCAAGGCCCGGCCAGGUUGAAGUCUGUCGAUAUUCGCCAUAUGAAGCAACUGGAAUCUCUCGAACUGGAACGUUGUACAAUGCCAGCCAUCGUCCUUCCCUCUUCUGUCCGAAGGCUACGUUUCGACGGGGUCACAUUCGACGAGUAUAGCCUUCAGGUUGACCAAACCUCCCCCCCUGACCCAAGGAGCACGAACUACUCGCAGCUGGAGAAUCUCGAGAGCCUCAUUGUCUUCAACUGUCCGAGGUUCCCAAAGUUUGUUCAUGAUGCAGGCCAGACUGCGAAGGCCGCCACCGUGGAGGAUUUCCGCAUACUCCUCAGAACUGGGUCACUUCCCUCCCUCUUAUUCCAGACUGCCUGGUCCAAGGGAUUCAGACGCGUCCAUGUGACAGGCAGUUGUGUUGACGACGCCUCCUACAAGGUCUUUCUCGAAUAUUGCCCUGCUCUCGAGGAGUUGUCCCUUGAUGGCGCCAGAAUUACAGGACUGUUCAUAGGUGACUUUCUCCGGGCCAGGCCACCAAAGCUGCGAAAGAUAACCUUGAGAAACUGUAACAAUGUGCCGAACGACGUCGUUGCGUGGGCAAAACACUUGGGUGUGGAGGUUGACAUGACACGCAGCGUGCAAGAGUCGGGUGGGCGGCGAGUGCGGUACGGUGACUAG